AUGAGUGCCUCUGCUGCGAAGCCCUUGAACCCUCUCCUCGCUGCCUAUCUAGCAGAGCUUGUUGCGCACCCAUUGAGAACGAAGGCGCUCACGACCGGGUCUCUCUCUUUCUUGCAAGAAGUGCUUGCUUCCCAUCUGGCUGGUACUCCUGUCAAGCAGAAACCCAAGGACGCACCUGUCUACUCUCAUGCAUUAGCUCGUGCCCGCAUUGAGGCCAAGUCCUUCAAGAUGUUCAUAUACGGCUUCCUGGUGUCCGCGCCAAUGGGCCACUACCUUGUUGGCGCAUUGCAGCGUGUCUUCGCAGGCAAGACAGGGACGGGUGCGAAGGUCGCACAGGUCAUAGCGAGCAAUCUCCUCGUGGCUCCAAUUCAGACCCUUGUUUAUCUUGCAAGCAUGGCCAUUAUCAAUGGCGCGAAGUCGGCGGACGAAGUGAAGAAAACAGUGAAGGCUGGCUUCAUGCCUGUCUUGCGUGUGACGUGGGUUACGUCCCCAUUGACACUUGUUUUCGCCCAAAACUUCGUCGCUCCGGAGCUUUGGGUUCCUUUUUUCAACAUGGUUCAGUUCGUUCUCGGCACAUACUUCAACACCAAGGUUAAGAAGGCACGCUCAGCCGCUGAAGCACGAGCACGUCGUGAGUUGGAAGAGAAGGCUAAAGCAGGGAAAUCCGCAUGA